UUUCAAUUGGCCUCUUCUUCCCCAAAAGUCACCAUUCGGCACCUCUUGUUUUAUGGGUUUUUGAGUUAAAAAGGGCAAAUUUUCACAGUGACUCCAUGCACUCACUGUUUAAACCAUAUAGGCAUUUAUUUGAGGGUAAUUGGUAACUGUAAGGUGCAAUAUUAGUUCAAGGGCGGAAAAAAAAUUAAGUGAAAGUUCAUUGACCUAAGCGCAAUUAUCCAUUGUUAAGUUUGUCUUAGAUGAGUAUUUUAUUACUCAACCAAUGGUUGAAUAUUCCGUCAGUAGGCCGGCUUCUGUAUUUAAUGCGUCGUGGUCGUUUGUAGCGUUUCUCUGAAUCUAUAUAAGUCAACCCAUCUAUGCUAUUAAUGAUUUCUGCCGCAUUUUGUUGUUCCAUUUAUAUUUUGUAGCGACAGUUAAUUUAGAAUUUUGAUCUUGCUUCAUAUUUUAUUCACCCUGCUUUGUACGUGGGCUUUAUGAGAAUCUGGAGAUGAUUUUUUGCUAGCUGGGAGAUUUCUUUUGAUGCUUAAUCUAUUCUUCUCUCAACUUUUUUUGAUUUGAAUGCUUUGUAUUUCGUUUGCUUUGCUGCUUGUACUCUGAUCUUGAGAUAUAUAUAUAUAUAUAUAUACAAUUGUAUGGUUGUUGCAUAAACAGAUUAGCUGAAUGUUCAAUCUUGAUUCCCAUUUGUGAGUUUGGUUUGAACAAAAUCUGUUUUAGUCUUGUUUAGUGUCGAGAUCCCAUAUACUGCUUGAUUCUGAGUGUUGAAAAGAUCCCUUUUUUGUAAAGAUAGUUAGUGGGAAGUAAGAAUAGAGGAAAAUUCACGAACAUGGCUCACUUAAGUUACUCUGAUUCAAUGUCUGGGAGCUCUCAGCACGGCCAAGGCGUGCAGUUUGUUCCGUUUAAGACCUCAACAGGGUCACUUAGGGUGUUGUUGUUGCACGGGAAUUUGGAUAUUUGGGUGAAAGAAGCCAAGAAUCUCCCAAAUAUGGAUAUGUUCCACAAGAACUUAGGUGAUAUGUUUGGGAGGUUGUCUGGCAAGUUCUUGAGUAAAGUGGAAGGCACGCCGCCUGUCAAGAUCACGAGUGAUCCUUAUGUUACCAUCUCCGUGUCUAAUGCUGUGAUUGGUAGGACCUUUGUGAUUAGUAACAGCGAGAACCCCGUUUGGAGUCAGCAUUUCAAUCUGCCAGUCGCGCAUUAUGGUGCAGAGGUGCACUUUGUGGUAAAAGAUAGUGAUGUUGUGGGAUCUCAGAUGAUAGGGGCUGUUGGGAUCCCUGUGGAGCAGUUGAUAUCUGGUGUGCGAAUCGAGGGUACUUAUCCGAUUCUUGCUGAAAACGGGAAGCAGUGCAAUCCGGGGGCUGUUUUGACCCUUUCCAUUGAGUAUACACCAAUGGAGAGAGUGCCCCUCUACCAUGGUGGGGUAGGUGGAGAUGUCUCGUAUCAAGGUGUGCCUGGUACCUACUUUCCUAUCCGGAGAGGGGGCAGAGUCACGCUGUAUCAAGACGCUCAUGCUGAUGAUGAGUUGCUUCCUAAGCUGUGUUUGGCUAAUGGUAGGUAUUAUAACCAUGGACAUUGUUGGCAUGAUAUCUAUGAUGCAAUCUGCCAGGCUCGUCGUCUGAUUUAUAUCACUGGAUGGUCUGUAUAUCACCUUGUUCAGCUUGUGCGGGAUGGGCCUAAUGCCAAAAACAGUGUUUUGGGUGAAGUUUUGAAAACCAAGUCUCAAGAAGGCGUGCGUGUCUUGCUCUUGAUAUGGGAUGAUCCUACAUCCACUAGCAUCUUGGGGUAUAAAACGGAAGGUGUAAUGAACACAAACGAUGAAGAAACACGCCGUUAUUUCAAGCAUUCAUCUGUUCAAGUGCUGCUAUGUCCACGAUCUGCUGGGAAGGGUAGCUGGGCCAAAAAACAGGAAACUGGAACGAUCUAUACUCAUCAUCAAAAGAGUGUGAUAGUAGAUGCAGAUGCAGGUCAAAACAGGAGAAAGAUUGUUUCCUUUGUUGGGGGCCUUGAUCUUUGCAAGGGAAGAUAUGAUACUCAGAAACACUCAAUUUUCAACACACUUCAAACUGUUCACAAAGAUGAUUUUCAUCAACCUAAUUUUGCUGGGGCAACUUCUGGUUGUCCGAGAGAGCCGUGGCAUGAUCUACACUGUAAGAUUGAUGGUCCGGCAGCAUAUGAUGUAUUGACCAAUUUUCAAGAACGUUGGUUAAUGGCCUCAAAGCGCCACGGCCUUCAAAAACUGAAAACUUCAUAUGAUGAUUCCUUACUCAAACUCGAAAGAAUCCCUGACGUGCUAGGGAUAGAUGGGGCUGCUGAGCAAGCUAGAAAUGAUCCUGAGGGUUGGCAUGUUCAGGUAUUCCGAUCCAUCGAUUCAAACUCUGUUGAAGGCUUCCCCAAGGAUCCUAAGGACGCUCCAGGAAAGAAUCUGGUCUGUGGGAAGAAUCUGCUGAUUGAUAUGAGUAUACAUACUGCUUACGUGAAGGCAAUUCGCGCUGCACAACAUUUUAUCUACAUUGAGAACCAGUACUUCCUUGGGUCUUCAUUCAAUUGGUCUAAUUAUAAUGACUUGGGUGCAAACAACUUAAUCCCUAUGGAAAUCGCUCUCAAGAUCGCCAACAAAAUCAGAGCACGAGAGAGGUUUGCUGUAUACAUUAUCGUUCCAAUGUGGCCGGAGGGGGCUCCUACAAGUACUCCCACGCAAAGAAUUCUCUUUUGGCAGUAUAACACAAUGCAAAUGAUGUACGAAACCAUCUACAAAGCUUUACAAGAGGUGGGGAUGGAGAAUGAGUACGAGCCCCAGGAUUACUUGAAUUUCUUCUGCCUCGGGAAUCGUGAGACAGAUGUCAGUGGAGGCAAGCCCAGCACAAAGAGCUCCAGUGGAACUACCCCACAAGCACUUAGUCGGAAAAACAGCCGAUUCAUGAUCUACGUUCACUCGAAGGGGAUGAUAGUAGAUGACGAGUUUGUGCUCAUGGGUUCUGCAAACAUUAACCAACGCUCUCUGGAAGGAACCAGGGAUACUGAAAUUGCCAUGGGCGCGUAUCAACCUCAGUAUAUAUGGGCAAACAAACAUGCUAAUCCACAUGGAGAGAUCUAUGGAUAUAGGAUGUCGCUAUGGGCUGAGCACACUGGUACAAUUGAGACAUGCUUUGAGCAACCGGAGAGUUUAGAAUGCGUGAGGCGCGUGAGAUGGAUGGGCGAGCUGAACUGGAAACAGUUUGCUGCUAAUGAAGUGAGUGAUAUGCGCGGCCACCUGCUUAAGUAUCCGGUUGAGGUCGACAGAACUGGGAAGGUGAGGCCUCUUCCCGGCAACGAAACAUUUCCAGACAUGGGUGGCAAGAUUAUAGGAACAUUCAGUGGCAUUCAAGAGAAUCUCACUAUUUGAUCUAAACUAAACCUCAGAUUUUACUGUUCUUGUGCAUCAUUCCUUCAUUUUUGAUGCUAGAUUCAUGGCUUUGAUAAUUUGUUUUGAUCCACUCAUCAUUAUAGGAAAACUAGAUUGAGUUGUAACCUUGACUACAGAAACUAAUAAGGGGUUUAUUUUUCUUGAUUUUAAUAAAUAAUUAUGUAAUCCGUAAUCUAUUUA